UCUCGACGGCUGCUUUUACACUAUGUGAACUUCCUCUUGUAUUUUGUUUAGACUGAAGAUAAAUAGCCUACUAGGGGAACGCAUCAUUGGUCUGUUUGCAGGGAAGGAGGUUGAAACAGGAAAAGGUCUAAAAUUAUCUCUAUAUUUUUGCUCCGAAGAAGGCAGACACACCGCGAGCGGGUUUUUUUGUGGAAUUGAUCUGUGGGUGUAGUUUUUCAGUUAAAAUGUCCGGAUACGCAGAAUUCGAGGUUUAGAAGUAAUUCAUCGGAUAGUUUUUGUUUUUUUAAACUAACAAACAUUGGAGAGAAAUUCCUAAUACAGACCUAUGCUUUUUCCGUUUGGAAACGCAAGCAACUUUUCAUUAAUCCGUAUUUAGCUCCUUAUUCUCGCAAACACGAUCCUGACCUAGGACCCAGGAGGGUCGAUGGAGGACAUAGAUAUCGAGGAGCAGGCUCCCUUUCCUGUGGACAGAGAUGGGAAACGACUGGGGGCAGGAGAGGAGCGGAGGAAGGCUGGAUGUUGUGAGAAGCUGCACCAGUCUAUCUCCAGGUGGCUGCUUCCUUCUGACAUCCGAGAAACGUACCUGGAGCGUGCCAACUGCUGCCCGCCGCCAAUCUUCAUCAUCCUCAUCAGUAUCGGAGAGCUGGCUGUGUUUAUCUACUAUGCGGUGUGGAAGCCCCAGAAGCAGUGGGUGACCCUGGGGGAAGGCAUCUGGAACAGCCCUCUCUCCUACAAGCCAGGCCUGCGCCAGGAAGCCUGGAGGUUCCUGUCCUACAUGUUCGUCCACGCCGGGUAAGAUGGCCGACAAAGAGCUAUCACUGCUAGCCACACCUACAGGAAGUACCUAUCACUGCUAGCCACACCUACAGGAAGUACCUAUCACUGCUAGCCACACCUACAGGAAGUACCUGUCACUGCUAGCCACACC